GGCGUUAGAAUGACGACUCGGGAGUGUACAUUAUUGCAACAUCAGUGAAUCUUACUCGUAAUAACUCCGCGAACCUUACCACACGUUCCAAAGUCUAAACGUGCUGUAUUUCCAACUUAAUUUGGUUCUUUGUAGCAUAUCUAUUCAUAUCCACUGUAGAUACUAAUAUUUAUACAAAACGACCAUUAUUAUGGAGAAGAUCACCGAUGACCUGGUCAAGUACAAGGACUAUGUGUUUGCGAAGGAUUUGGUCAACGCUGAGCACAUUGACUCCCUGCAGAGCUUUGAGAUCCGGGACAGUGACAUCUUUCUGGUCACUUACCCUAAGUCAGGAACCAUCUGGACACAGCAGAUCAUCACUUCUAUCUGUGAGUCAGAGAUGGGUGAUAUCUAUCCCAACAACUUGGAGAUGAUGCCGUGGCUGGAGUAUAUUGGAAAACGCACCGACUACUCCUUACGCUAACCCGCGUCUAUUCGCCUCCCACCUCACCCUGUC